ACGUCUACUGGUCCACGCGUAGAGGGUGUGUUUACAUUGACGUCAUCGUAGCUUUUUUCGACAGGGUCACGUUUUAAUACAUCAUCAUGUUCCAUGGGAUACCAGUCUCUGGAGGAGUAGGAGGAGCUCCAGCAAAUAAACCUGAGCUAUACGAGGAGGUGAAAUUAUACAAAAAUGCAAGGGAACGAGAAAAGUAUGACAACAUGGCAGAGUUGUUUGCUGUCGUCAAAACGCUGCAGGCCCUGGAGAAGGCUUACAUCAAAGACUGUGUAACACCUAAUGAGUACACCGCCUCAUGCUCCAGACUCUUGGUUCAGUAUAAGGCUGCUUUCAAACAGGUGCAGGGCUCUGACGUGGGCUCCAUCGAUGACUUCUGCAGGAAAUACAGACUUGACUGCCCGCUGGCAAUGGAACGGAUCAAGGAGGAUCGACCAAUCACCAUCAAGGAUGACAAGGGCAACCUGAACCGCUGCAUUGCAGAUAUAGUUUCACUCUUCAUCACUGUGAUGGACAAGCUGAGACUGGAGAUCAGGGCCAUGGAUGAGAUUCAACCAGACCUGAGGGAACUGAUGGAAACUAUGAACAGAAUGAGUAACAUGCCUCCAGACUCAGAGGCCAAGGACAAAGUCAGUCUCUGGUUGACCACCCUGAGCAGCAUGUCGGCCUCAGAUGAGUUGGAUGAUAAUCAGGUGCGCCAGAUGCUCUUUGAUCUGGAAUCGGCCUACAACGCCUUCAACCGCUUCCUCCACUCCUCUUAAAGCGCCUCUAUACAUCUCGGAUAAAUCUGUCUGGAAUUCUGACUCUAAAACCUGUUAAGUUAAAAGAAGAAGAUCGCUGCUUUCUGUGGAUUUACGUCCCUUUCACCCUGUUCUUCUCAUCUUGCUGUAAAAUUCGUUUCUAUGUUCUUUAAUCAAAUUGUGUACAGUUCUGACUGCUGCCAUGUAUACUUCACUGUUUUGGGUACAUCUCAACCAGCUGGGCUCGCACUGUUGUGUAAACUGCUUAUUCCAUUUUUUUAAUCCAAACUUGUGUGAUAAAAGCAUUAACAGUGGCUGUUUGACAAAACAGUUCAGAGAACUUUGUACUGUAACAUCGAAAAAGACUAUUUUAUACACAUAAUUUGCAGCACACCAAUAAAGAAACAUGAUACAGUAUAUUUGGAAAUAUCUUCAUAAUAAUAGAUUUUUUUUUUCUUUUUCAUACUCUAUGUUUUCAGCUUCCACAUAUGGUUUUGUUCAGUUUCAGUUUGUUUUGUACUAACAGGUUUUAACUUUAGUAUCAGAUAAUUUUAAUUAAAACAAUUAUUUGGGCUUAAAGAUAAUUAGAACAUAGUUCAAAUUAUUUCUCAUACUGAAACUAAGGUGAAAGCGAAUAGUUUUGAUUUUCUGCCCCUCUCUCUUCUCAUGUCUAAUCCAUAUUUCCUUUUAACUAAAGGGGUCAUCAAGUGGGCAGCAAACGAGGCGAACACACAGUCUCCUUUGUUGUUUACUAAAUAUGUUUCAGCCCCCAAACACCAUAGGGAGAACAUAUUUAUUAAGAUGUAUCAUUGUAAAUAAUAGGUUUGAUUUUUAAAUAAAAGCAUGUAACACCUUUUUCGAAAUAAACUUUAAAAGAAUAA